AUGCCGGCGCUCGUCGAAUCAAGUAGCGAAAACCGCCGGCCUCGGAGGUCUUCCAUCACGCAACAAUUGCAACGAAUGUUCCAUAAGGACAAACCAGAUGAUGUAAGUUGUAUGCAUUUCUUGCGAUACCCUUCACAGAAAUCAGUCCGUGUUCGUGGCGAGAAUGACAAUUGGUGUGCUAAUAGUGCUAAUCGUUGGAAGGCAAGAAAAAGUAACAGUUACGACCCGUUCAGCACAGACAUCGUGGCAUCGACUGCAUAUAAACCAAACCGCUCUGUACAGCCGAUGGGGUCCAGCAGUCCUGUCGAAUAUGCAAAUCAUGGACCGUACGAUGUCAACUCUACCGGAUACAAUCGUGAUUCAUAUUCGUCUUCGAAUUCAAAGGCCACCGGCCUGAAGGCCUCGGAAUCAAGGCCGUCUUCGGCCCAAUCUUUUCGGCUGGAGUCGCAGCAAUUAGUGAAAGACUCUCCCACAGUGGAUGGUGCAUUGAAAACGCAAGAUAUCGACCGAUCACCCACCGUGAGCCACUCUGUCGUCGAAAAGAAAGAGAGGCGGGCUACAAAGCGUCUGGAGGCAGAGAGACUGGAGCUCGAGAAGCGGAUGCUCAAACUUGAAGAGGCCGAACGUACUAGAGACAUUUCAGUCCUGAGAAGAGAAUCCCGAAGACUCACUAAGAAGCAGCCCUUCGGGAGUUCAAGCAGGUCAUCGAGUGUGAGUGGUGAUGAAUCACGAUCUCGCCCCCCCUCUCGAAUUUCUUCCAUAUUUUCGAGUUCAAGGCGAAGGUCUAGGUCUAGAUCAAGUUCAAUAGACAGAGUCGAUAAUACCCGGUUUACUGGCCGUGUGGAAGCCCCAUCGAAUGAGAACGUAGACGCACUUCCAGCUUUGUCCUCGACUUUGCCUGAACGACUGAGCACAGCAAUAUCUAAAGAGCUAGCUGCAAGGAAAACCGCACUACUUACGUCGCCUGAGCAGUCAUCGCAUUCGCUAAAGCUGUCGCAAAUGAAACCAGGCACCGAGUCUACGAAUGGCUCUCCCAGCCAGCAAACGAUCCGAGAUGGAGAGGAUAUGACUCCUUACGCCUUCGGCGCAAUCCCAAGAAAUAAUAUACACCAAGAAGAACAACUCGAACCGAGGUCUCCAGAAACCAAUGUUGAUCACCACCAACCGACGGAUUUAGACAAGGCAUUAUUUACCGCAAGCUUGACCUCUAAAAAACGAAGCGUAGCACUUUCACAGUCCGGAGAAUUCCCGAAGACGGGCCAGACCACGCAUACCAACAUGGAAAACGAAUCCUCCGACUCCCAUCAUCUGCCCGAGGAUGAUGAACAUAACGCAAAUCUAAAACACGGUUCAAAAACAGUCCCAUGGGGUGGCUCGCCUAGGAGUUUGCUAGCGAGAGCAUCCACGGAUGGGGUCAUACAGCAGCACCACAAAAAGUUCAAAUCCUCUCCUCUAGCAGAGUCACAGACAAUCAACGGCGAUGGUGUGCUAUCUGCUCCGAAAAGAGCAACAACUCUAGUGAGCCUCCAGAUUUCCGAUAAAGCGCAACAACAGAGGUUCAGUAGUGCCGAGAAUGUGACUUCGUCAAGAUUGAGUAUGGCAAGCUCUCCUAAUGUAUUGCAAACGUCGAGUUUUCCGGAUAAGAGAACAAUCCAUGCACCCCCCAGUAUCACAGUCAAACCGUCAGUGACAGAAACAAUGGAUGUUCGACCUUUUAUGAGCAGGAUACCGACUUCAAAACCUAGUCAGUUAGCUCCAUCAGCACUGCUAACGAAGCCACGCUUUUACAACUCACUAAACAAAGUGACAGGCCCUAGCGGUGGAAAACAUAAGGCGUUUGGUACUCUGCCACCUCCACGCCAGGAACGAGACUCUUCUCCCACGGUGCCCCCGAAGAGCCCGAAGCGAGGCAGCCGGACGCUUUCACAGUCUCCAGAUUUGGCACCCGAAAAUAGGACGAGGCCAAAGAGCAGCCAAUCAGUUGGCAUGUCCCAGGAUUCCGAGUCGGACUAUAACACUGCAGACGAAACUGCAUCCGUCAGAUCUAGAACCUCGGACGGUGGUGACCUACCUGUACCCAAAAAGAUACGUGCAGCAGCAGUUUCAUCCAGUUCGAAAGCUGACAUGAGGAGAAUGAGCAAAAAGGCAAGGCAAAUUGGACGGGAUCAGCUUGUUGCGAAGCUCUUUGUAAUUUGUUGCCGAUGCAAAUUUUGGCAUGACAUGCCAUCGGAAGUGUAUGCGAGUCUUACGCUUUCUGAUCCCUUGUCGGCGGCUCUUGACCAGGAGCUUGCUGCCUGGGACCAGAAUGCCUUGUCUGAUAGACUGACUGCCCCAACGACGGGGGUGCGUCCGCUGCGUGAAUCAUCCGUGAAGUCACCCAGGUCUGAGACCCAACAAAGUUCAGUGCCCACACGCGUAACAGCGGACCUACCAUCUGGGCCUGUCAAAUGCUGCUGGUGCGAGCAUCAUAUGAGCAAGCAAUGUUGCCAGGGGUGGACCACCGUUGUUCAAAUGCGUCAGAGACACCAUUGA